AUGGCUCAGAACAAAGUACACCUCAACCUGUUCUUAUGCCUGAUGCUCCUGUCAUAUCACCAGGGCCAAGCGGCAGAAGAAGACUUGCCUUUAGUUGAAAAAGACCUUCCUUCUCCCAAAAUCAGCUGCCCAGAGGGUGCCAAUGCCUAUGAUUCCUACUGCUACAUCUUCGUUAAAGAACGUUUGACUUGGGUGAAGGCCGAUCUAUUUUGCAAGAUCAUGAUUUCAGGCAACCUGGUGUCGAUACUCAGCCAGGCUGAAAACAACUUUGUGGCCUCACUGGUUAAGGAGAGUGGAACUUCAGAUACCAAUGUCUGGACUGGACUUCAUGACCCCGAAAAUAACCGUCGUUGGCACUGGAGUAGUGGCGCUCUAUUUCUCUUCAAGUCAUGGGCCACUGGAGCUCCAAGCAGUGCUAAUCGUGGUUAUUGUGUAUCACUGACUUCAAACACAGCAUACAAGAAAUGGAAGGAUGAAAACUGUGAGUCACAGUACUCCUUUGUCUGCAAGUUCAAAAGCUAA